GAGUUUGAUCCCCAGUAUCAAAAAAAAAGAAAAAAAAAGAGGGACGAUGAAAGUGUACAGUGGACUGUAUCAAAGCUGAGUAGUGGUGUGCACCUGUCUCCGCAAGACUCGGUCUCAAGACAAAACAAAACAAAAAAUUGAUUGUAUGAUGGUUGUUCAAUGCUGUGAAAAUCCCCCAAACCACUGAGUUGUAUACUUGUUACAAUUAUCUUUCAAUUAGGAUGCUACAGAAAAAAAAAAAGGAAGCCUUUACCUCGGGGGUGGACUCAGGAUUUUCCUCCGGUCUUUUGUAAUCUGGGUUUUGCAGAUGUAACUGAAUCACCCGAGCGGCAGGGGGAAGAUCUGACCAGCUAAGCACAGUCUAAGGGGAGAGAGCUAAGGCUCAGCAGGUCGUGGGAAGGGAAGGCAUUGUCUGGGGCUUCGGGGACAGGUUCUCAUCGGGGGCGAAGCGGGGAGCAAUUUCAGGGCAGGACUGUGCCGGGCUCGGUGGGCCAGGCGGCGCUGGCUGGCGGGGCUGUUACUUUAUACAACUUCCUGCAAUCCCGCAGAGCCGCCUCUCCGCCUUCUCCCCCUCCCGGCCGGCCGCGGGCUCUGCAGGACUCGGCUGCUCGCGGGCCUGAGAUGCAGCUGUGACCCGAGAUGGGGAACUCGUACUCGGGCCACCUGAAGAGCACGCGCUUCGAGGAGGUGCUGCACAACUCCAUCGAGGCCUCGCUGCGCUCCAACACCCUCGUGCCGCGGCCCGUCUUCUCCCAGCUCUACUUGGAAGCCGAGCAGCAGCUGUCCUCGCUGGAAGGGGGCACCCGAGCAGACAAUGAGGAAGAGGAAGAGGAGGGAGAAGGAGGGCUGGAAACCAAUGGACCCGGAAACCCCUAUCAGCUGGCUCCUCCUCCUGAAGGGUGCUGUACCACAGACGGGUUCUGCCAGGCCGGGAAGGACCUGCGCCUCGUGUCCAUCUGCAGUGAGCCCUUGGAGGUCCCUGCGGGCUUCUUGCUGGUGGGCGCCAAGUCCCCUGGCCUGCCUGGCCACCUGCUUGUGUGUGCUGUGGACCAGCGCUUCCUGCCGGAUGACAGUGGCCACAACGCCCUGCUCGGUUUCUCCGGGAACUGCGUCGGCUGUGGCAGGAAAGGCUUCUGUUACUUCACCGAGUUCUCCAACCACAUCAACCUGAAGCUCAGCACGCAGCCCAAGAAGCAGAAGCUGCUGAAGUAUUACCUGGUCCGAGAUGCCCACGGCACCCUCACCAAGGGGCCCCUGAUCUGCUGGAAAGGCUCCGAGUUCAGAAGCCGCCAGGCCUCUGCCAAUGUGAGCUCCGGUCCUGUCUUCCUGCCACUGGAGGGCUCGGGGCCUCUGGCUGCCUUUUCCGGGGAGCCCGGUGCUCCUGGGCUGAACCCCGGCAACCCAACGGGCGCCCAGCAGGCAGGACCUGCCCCGGCCUCGGAUCAGCCUCCGUCCGCAGCAGCCCCCGGGCCUGGCCCGGCCGUCUUCAAUGGCAGAGACUCGCCCAGGCGCCAGCAGCUGGUGCGGGGCAGCGCGUCUGGUCCUUUGGCCCGGCCCUCGGCCUUAGGGAUCUUGCCGAACUCCGGGCCCCCAAAAAAGCGCCACAAAGGGUGGUCCCCAGAGUCCCCAUUGGUGGCAGAUGCCGGCUACCCUCAGGGCGGUGUGAACAGAGCUAAGUACGAAGGCGUGGGCCUGGCCUGUGUGCCCCAGGCGGGAGUGGUAGGCCCGGCUUCAGUCACUUUUCCUGUUGUGGCCUCCGGAGAGCCUGUGUCUGUUCCUGACAAUUUGCUGAAAAUUUGCAAAGCCAAGCCGGUGAUAUUUAAAGGCCACGGGAACUUCCCCUACCUGUGUGGGAACCUGAAUGACGUGGUGGUCAGCCCGCUGCUGUACACCUGCUACCAGAACUCCCAGUCCGUCUCCAGGGCCUAUGAGCAGUACGGCUCCUCCACCGUGCAGCCCAUCUCCGAGGAGAUGCAGCUCCUUCUCACAGUCUACUACCUCGUCCAGCUGGCGGCCGACCAGGUGCCGCUGAUGGAGGACCUGGAGCAGAUCCUGCUGCGCUCCUGGCGCGAGUCGCACCUGGCUGAGGUCCGGCAGUGCCCGCCGGUGCCCCUGCAGUCCUGCCCACCCAUGCCCGGCCCUGUGGCACCUGUGACCUCGGCGCAGCUGCCCUGGCUGGCCGGCCUGGCUGCCAGCUCCUGCAACGACAGCGUCCACGUCAUUGAGUGCACCUACUCGCUGGCUGAGGGCCUGGCCGAAAUGUUCCGCCUGCUGGUCGAGGGCAAGCUGGCCAAGACCAACUACGUGGUCAUCAUCCGCGCCUGCCGAAAUGCCGCCAUCGACUCCUGCAUCGCUGUCACCGGUGAGCUGGCCCUUGCACUACCUGGGGGCCCCAGCUUUGCAGGAGUGGUUGGUGCCCAAGUGUGGGUCCCCUGCUCAUCGACUGGGCGCCUGGCUGCAGGUGACCACCCCGAGCCACGAGGCGUGCGGCCCUUCCAGCUGGCUGUGGCGCACAAGCUGCUGUCACACGUGUGCUCCAUUGCGGACUCCAGCACCCAGAACCUGGACCUGGGCUCCUUUGAGAAGGUGGAUUUCCUCAUCUGCAUCCCACCCUCUGAGGUCGCCUUCCAGCAGACCGUGGGCCGUGUGUGGCACUCAGGGGUACUGCGGGAGCUGGGCCUGGAGCCCGAGCCCAGGAGCAGGCAGAGGGCGGAGCGGCACGUGCUGAAGCUGGACGCCGAGGCGCAUGCCAGGUUCCAGGCGUUUCUCCAGAGCUCCCUCCAGAACCCGCACACGCUCUUCUUGCUCAUCCACGACCAUGCGCACUGGGACCUCGUGAGUAGUGCCGUCCACAAUCUUUACUCUCAAAGCGACCCAUCUGUGGGGCUGGUGGACAGACUGCUUAACUGCAGGGAGGUGAAGGAGGCCCCCAACAUUGUGAUGCUGCACGUGACAUCCUUCCCGUACGCGCUGCAGACCCAGCACACCCUCAUCAGCCCCUACAAUGAGAUCCACUGGCCGGGGCCCUACAGCAACGGUGUGGACCUGUACCCUGAAAAUAAGAAGUACUUCGGGCUGGCCGAGUUCACUGAGUCCACCCUCUCUGGACACAGCCUUCCCUUGCUCAGAUAUGACAGCUCCUUUGAGGCCAUGGUCACCACGCUGGGAAAAAGGUUCCCACGCCUGCACAGCGCCGUCAUCCGCACGCUGGUCCUGGUGCAGCACUACGCGGCCGCGCUGAUGGCGGCGCGCGGCCUCCCGCAGAUGAAGAACCACACGUCGGUGGAGACGCUGGAGAUCACGCAGAACCUCCUGCACGCUCCCCGGCAGUGUCCCCGUGGCCACGGGCUCAUGGUGCUGCUGCGUGUGCCCUGCCCGCCGCUGGCCGCAGUGGCCUACGAGCGGCUGGCGCAUGUGCGGGCGCGGCUGGCCCUGGAGGAGCACUUCGAGAUCAUCCUGGGCGACCCGCGCUCCGGCCUCUCCGUGGGCACGCACUUCGUGAAGCAGCUCAAGAUGUGGCAGAAGAUCGAGGAUGCCGAGUGGAGGCCGCAGACGUACCUGGAGCUGGAGGGCCUGCCCUGCAUCCUCAUCUUCAGCGGGAUGGACCCGCACGGCGAGUCCUUGCCCAGGUCCCUGCGGUACUGUGACCUUCGCCUCAUCAACGCCUCCUGCCUGGUGCGCUCAGCCCUGGAGCAGGAGCUCGGCCUGGCCGCCUAUUUUGUCCACAGUGAGGUGGCCCCGGAGCAGGUGGCCCAGAGCGAGACCCCAGACAGCGAUGGCGAGAAGCCCAGCAUCUCCGAGGACGAGGAGGCAGGGACAGAAGCACAUUUCGGAGCAGCCUGGCCUUCGGAGAGGCGCAGCCCCGUGAAGAGGGAGCGGUCCUGCUCCCACGACUCGGCGUGCUCCUCCCUGUCCUCCCUCGUGUCUGGCUUGGGCCCCUGCAGCGAGACCGCGGCUCAGCCCCCUGGCCCUGUGCAGGGGGAGCCGGCCAGGUCCUCCCCGCCCACUGGCCCCGUGGAGGAGGCCAGGGCACCCGGGGAGAAGCCACGGUCCAACUGUGCCCCGAGGGCCGGCCAGCGGAGCCUGCAGGUGCCGGCCACCUCGUCCUCGCAGCAGUCCUCCUCCUCCCCGGGCGCGACCUGCUCGGGCGACGUGCUCCUGCAGGCCUCGAAGUGCGCCCUGGCCAAGGCCUGCCGCCAGCCACCCGUCGUCUUCCUGCCCAAGCUGGUGUACGACAUGCUCACUGCCACCGACAGCAGUGGCCUGCCCAAGGCCACCUCCCUGCUGCCCGCACCCUCCGUCAUGUGGACCAGCUCCUUCCGGCCCCUGCUCAACAAGACCAUGACCUCCACUGAGCAGUCACUGUACUACCGACAGUGGACGGUGCCCCGGCCCAGCCACAUGGACUACGGCAACCGCGCUGAGGGCCGUGUGGACGGCUUUCAUCCCCGCCGGCUGCUGCUCAGUGGGCCCCCGCAGAUCGGAAAGACGGGGGCCUACCUGCAGUUCCUCAGCAACCUGUCCAGGAUGCUCGUGCGGCUGACGGAGGUGGACGUGUACGACGAGGCAGAGAUCAACACUGGCCCCCGGGAAGAAUCCGAGGGGCAUUACGCCCAGCUCAGUGACUCCUGGCCGGACCCAGAGCUGCUCCAGAAGAUGCCCUUUGAUUACCUCAUCCACGACCCCAAGUACGAGGACGCCAGUCUGAUCUGUUCCCACCAGAAGGGCGUCAAGAGGGAAGACAGAGGGACCCGGAGGCCCGAGGACCCCCCUGUGCGUCGGCAGACGGCCCGGAUGCGGCUGUCCAAGUACGCAGCACACAACACCUACCACCACUGCGAGCAGUGCCAGCACUACAUGGGCUCCCACCCCCGCUACCAGCUAUACGAGUCCAGCCUGCACGCCUUCGCCUUCUCCUACUCCAUGCUUGGCGAAGAGGUGCAGCUGCACUUCAUCAUCCCCAAGUCCAAGGAGCACCACUUUGUCUUCAGCCAGCCUGGGGGCCAGCUGGAGAGCAUGCGUCUGCCACUGGUCACCGACACGAGUCAGGAGUACAUAAAAAGUCCGACGUUCACACCGACGACUGGCCGGCAUGAACACGGGCUCUUUAACCUGUACCACGCCAUGGACGGUGCCAGCCACCUGCACGUGCUGGUCGUCAAGGAGUAUGAGAUGGCCAUCUACAAGAAGUAUUGGCCCAAUCAUAUCAUGCUGGUCCUGCCCAGCAUCUUCAACAACGCUGGAGUGGGUGCUGCCCACUUCCUGAUCAAGGAGCUGUCCUACCACAACCUGGAGCUGGAGCGGAGCCGGCAGGAGGAGCUGGGCAUCAAGCCACAGGACAUCUGGCCGUUCAUUGUCAUUUCCGACGACUCCUGCGUGAUGUGGAACGUGGUGGAUGUGGACCGCUCUGGGGAGCGCAGCCGGGAGUUCUCGUGGUCGGAGAGGAACGUGUCGCUGAAGAACAUCCUGCAGCACAUCGAGGCAGCGCCCAACAUCACGCACUACGCCCUCCUGGGCAUGCGCAAGUGGGCCAGCGGGACGCGCGACGUGCGGGAGCCCUUCUCGCGCUGCCAUGUGCACGACUUCAUCAUCCUGAACGUGGACCUCACCCAGAACGUGCAGUACAGCCAGAACCGGUGCUUGAAGUAUGCUUUGGUGGCUGGCCGAGCGAUGUUCUACCCAGCCUUCCCAGCCCACUCCCCUCGGCCUGAUCCCACCCUCGCCCCACAGGUGUCUGACAGCUCUGUAGCCGUUGUGCCAGCCCAGUACAUCUGUGCCCCCGAUAGCAAGUACACGUUCCUCGCAGCACCCGCCCAGCUGCUGCUGGAGAAAUUCCUCCAGCACCACAGCCACCGAUUCUUCCCGCUGUCCCUGAAGAACCACAGGCACCCCGUGCUGUCCGUGGACUGCUAUCUUAACCUGGGGCCUCAGAUUUCUGUCUGUUACGUGAGCUCCAGGCCGCACUCUCUGAACAUCAGCUGCUCCGACCUGAGGUUCAGCGGCCUCCUGCUGUACCUGUGUGAUUCCUUUGUGGGGGCUGGCUUCCUGAAACAGUUCCACUUCCUCACAGGCGCCACGCUGUGCGUGAUCUGCCGGGACCGGAACUCGCUGCGCCAGACCGUGGUGCGCCUGGAGCUGGAGGACCAGUGGCAGUUCCGGCUGCGCGACGAGUUCCAGACGGCCAACGCGCGCGAGGACCGGCCGCUCUUCCUGCUCACGGGCCGGCACAUCUGAGCCACAGGAGGGACCGUUUCCGAGAGGGUUCUGGGCUGCCCCAGGUUUGCCCUUUCAGAGCUCGCCGACAGCCGAGCCAGGCAGCGGAGUCACCGCAGAGCAAAAGGAGGCCACCGGGGGCGCGGGGUGAAAACCCUGCUCCCAGAAAGGGCCACGGUGAAAGCUCUCUCUAAGACGCUAAGGAGGAAAAUAGGGGUGCAGAGGUUGACCUGGACUUCGACUUACAAAGAAAAAAAGAGCCAAAUUUCUUACUCGAGAAAAGAAAAACAAUAAAAGCAACCAGAGUGGCGUGAAGCGUGAAGAACCAGACCGACGACUAAUUUAUAGACGCUCGGUGUUCAGUCCCUUCCGAGCCUGUUCUACCAUGCGAAGUUCCUGGGGGAAGAGUCCCCGCGGACGCAGACCCCGGGCGCAGGGGAGCACAGCGGCCGGCCCGACUUCCCUUCCCCAGCCAGGCUGAACCCGCGCGCCAGCGCGCCACCUACCGGCCAGGCGCUGUUACUGCCCCUUUGAAAGACAGUUCCGGGGUCGGGGUGGAGCAGGCAGCUGGACAGAAUGAAAGCACAAGCCAAACUUCGGGAUUCUGGGCUCCCCUGUUCGGAUCCCUGCUGGCCACCCCACUGCCCGGGAAGUGGCCCACAGUGGAAGGAAAAGUGUAAAGAUAUUUAAAAAUGGAUCAGCCAAAUGGAUCCUUCAAUGCCCGCCUCGGACGUUUAUAAGCACUCUAGUGGAUAAUGAUCCAAGAAGAAGCUUUUAAAAAAAUGAUGCCAAAGAAUGAACAUUAAUCUUUCCCUCCCCCAAGGAAAAAAGUUGACAAGUGUAAAAGUUUUAGAUCAGUGUUUAUAAAACGAUCCCUUUGUGUAUGCCACUGUUCCUAUUUUGGAAUAAAAACUGACCUUUCUUAGUUAAAUUUGCCUUUUGUAAAUAGAAAUGCAUUUGCCAUUCUUUGCAUUUUAUUAAUUUAAACUUGCAAAAACCACCCAAACUAAUACUCUUGUGUGUUCCAGUCUUAUAAAUAAAACUUAUGAUUCACAUAUUGCUCAUUGGUGGAUAUUAAUCACAUCAUUUUGAGAGGAAAUAGUAUGGCCAGUGAGCUGGGGGCCACUUCCUUAAAGUCCCCUAGCAUAACAGAAAGUAAGAUUUGAAAGGAGAUAAAAAUGAAGGUUGGGCUGGGGAUUUAGCUCAGUGGUGCUGCCACCUGCCUCACAAGUGCAAGGUCCUGAGUUCCAUCCCCAAUACCUGCCCCAAAAGAAGAUAACAUAUUUCAGUGAUCCAUGCACACCCAUAUUGAUAGGAGCACAGUUCACCAUGGCUAAAUCUUGGAAGCA